AUGUCUGAGCAUGAUCUGGUAAAAGGCGGGAAAAUUCGACGUAAGACCGAGAGUCGUUCGGCCCGAGCAGGAUUGACGUUUCCAGUUGGACGCGUUCAUCGUCACCUACGUAAAGGACGCUACGCCUCCCGUAUCAGCGCUGCAGCGCCGGUAUUUCUCGCCGGAGUGCUCGAAUACUUGGUCACAGAACUCCUCCAACUAUCCGGUUUUAGUACAUAUCUUAGUACUGGUCGAUCAAGUAGUAACCCAAGAAAGCGCAUAACACCACAUCUCCUGCAGCUAGCUGUCCUUGACGACGACGAAAUAUCAAAGAUCUUCCAGGGAGUCACCAUUUCUCAGGGAGGGGUUAAUCACCCCCAGAAGAUUCCCGCACUACUACUCCCAAAACGCAAGAAGGGGAAGCGAAGUGCUGCUGGAAAAAAAGCGGGAAAGACCAGCUAG